AACUCUCUGUGGGCAGGUUGUCAUCCUCAUAAGCUGUUUGUUUACUGAACAGAUCAGCUGGUAGACCUUUGCGUCUUUAGCCACCAGCACCUCUGGCACGCAGGAUGGCACACGCAGAGUGGACACAUAUAUUCCACACUGAAGCGAAUAAUCUCCUGCAUGGAGACACCUGGCAUCUGGAGUUUAAUUCCUCGAUUGAACCAGAGCAACCAGAGUAUGGAUGGAAGGAAUACAUCAGAAACACAAGUGCAAGAUUUCAGUGCACCCAGUGUCGAAGAAGCUGGCCUUCCAACCGAGUGAUGGUGGUCUUCCACAUGCGUCUAAUACACGGGAAGGGCACCGUCAAAGUGAGGCGCUUCCGGCAGAACUGCAAGAUGUGCACCAAUGCCCCAAUGGAAGAUCCCAGCAUCAUUUCAGAGAACAUCACCACCCUCAUGAAAAAUCUGGUGAAGAAGAUAAGAAUAAAGUGCUACAAUGAAGACCUGGAGAAAGGCUUCCAUCAUCCCAGGAGGUUUGAUGUUAAAAGUCCUCAUGAGCCUGAGCACUGUGAGGCAUGUAAAAAAGGCAUCUGUACAAGAGAGUGAGCUGAACUUUCUGAUUGCUGUUGACCUUCCAAUAAUUUAUCAAAGGUUAAUAUAAGAUAAGAAAUAUGUUAAUAUUAUUAUUGUGAUGUUUUGUUUUUCUGUUCUGUUGAGAUCUGUUCAGAGAUUCUCACUGACAAAAAUAGCAACUGCAUCAGGACUUUCCCCUUCGCUGAUCUUUUUUCAUUGUAUUGCUUUCUAGCACAUAGACACUGUUGAAUAAGCAUGUGCAUGUAACUUAAAAAAUAUUGUAACUAUUAAAAAUUAUAAUUGAAAUGA